AUGCUCGCUCGCCAGGCCUUCAAGCAGCUGCGCAGCGCGUCCUUCCUGGCCAGCCGCGGCUUCGCCGUGCUCACGGCCGACACGAUCAACCCCAACAUCGUCAAGGCCGAGUACGCCGUGCGCGGCGCGAUCGUGCUGCGCUCCAACGAGUACGAGGACCGUCUCGCCCGGGGCGACGCGUCGCUGCCCUUCGACAAGGUCAUCCCGUGCAACAUCGGCAACCCGCUGGUGCUCAAGCAGGAGCCCAUCGAGUUCCACCGCCAGGUGCUGGCGCUCGUCAACGUGCCCGGCCUCGUGGACCGGCCGGAGAUCAAGCAGCUCUUCCCCGAGGAUGCCAUUGAGCGUGCCAAGUUCUACAUCAACAACAUCGUGGGCGGCACUGGCGCCUAUGGCCACAGCAAGGGCACGAACGUCGUCCGUGAGGAGGUCGCGCGCUUCCUGCAGCGUCGCGACAACCACCCGGCCGACCCGGAGGACAUCUACCUCACAGACGGCGCCAGUCCGGCCGUGCAGAACUCGCUGCUGACGCUGAUCCGUGACGAAAACGACGCGAUCCUGGCCCCCAUCCCGCAGUACCCGCUGUACUCGGCGGCCAUCGCCAUCAACGGCGGCUCCCUGGUGGGCUACUACCUGGAUGAGGAGAAGGCGUGGGGUCUGGACGUGAAGGAGCUGGCGCGUGCUGUGAAGGAGGCUCGCGACGCGGGCAAGACGGUGCGGGCCAUGGCUGUGAUCAACCCUGGCAACCCCACGGGUCAGUGCCUGUCGGUGGAGAACAUCGAGGCGAUCAUCAAGUUCUGCAAGGACGAGAACAUCCUGAUCCUGGCCGACGAGGUGUACCAGGAGAACGUGUACGCCGAGGGCAAGAAGUUCGUGUCGUUCAAGAAGGUGCUGCGCGACAUGGGCAAGGCGUACGACGACGUGGAGCUGAUCUCGUUCCACUCGACGUCCAAGGGCUUCACGGGCGAGUGCGGUCGCCGCGGUGGCUACAUGGAGCUGGUCAACAUUGACGACGGCGCCAAGGACCAGUUCUACAAGCUCAUGUCGGUGAAUCUGUGCUCGAACGUGGAGGGCCAGCUGAUGGUGGGACUGAUGACCAACCCGCCGCAGCCUGGCGAUGCCUCUUACAAGCGCUACAUCGAGCAGCGUGACGGCACGCUCGAGGCGCUCAAGCGUCGCGCUGUGAAGCUGGUCAAGGCUUGCAACGAGCUGGAGGGCGUCACGUGCAACGAGACUGAGGGCGCGAUGUACACGUUUCCGAAGAUCACGAUUCCGGCCAAGGCCGUUGAGGCCGCGAAGGCUGCGGGCAUGGCGCCCGAUGCCUUCUACUGCAUGCAGAUGCUGGACGAGACGGGAAUUGUGGUGGUGCCUGGCUCGGGUUUCGGCCAGAAGGAGGGCACGUGGCACUUCCGCUCGACGAUCCUCCCUCCCGAGGAAGCUGUGGACGAGGUGAUCGAGAAGACGGUCAAGUUCCACGCCAACUUCAUGGACAAGUACCGGUAG